GUGGAAGAUUAGCAACACGUUGGUUGCACAGAUAUUUUGUAAGGUUACUUAGGCCCAAGGAGAGAAUCCAGUCCAGCCCAAACCUAAGAAAGCGAGCCGCUCACAGGCUCACUCACACUCCCAGAAGCCGAAGCCCAGAGAAGCUCAGCUCUCCAUCACUCCCAACCAAACCCCACCCACCGCCGCCGGCCAAGACGAUGCCAGCGGACGCCGCCGCCUCACCGCUGGCGCAGGCCGAGGCCGACCUCGCCGCCGGCCGCCUCCGGUCCGCGCAGAAGCACGCUCGUCGCGCCGCCAGGCUCGACCCGGACUCCCCCGCCGCCUCCCUCCUCCUCACCGCCACCUCCGUCCUCCUCGCCGACGACGACGACCCCCGCGCCACCCUCCUUCUCCUCCCCAACGCCUCCGACUCCUCCCCUUCCUCCAUCCGCCGCCACUACAAGUCCCUCUCCAGAUCCCUCCGCCCUUCCUCCUCCUGCUCCCCCGCCGUCUCCGCCGCCGCCAAGGAAGCGCUCCGCCGCGCCGCCGAGGCCUACGCGUCGCUGAAGGAGGAUACGGAGGCGGCGCCGCCCCAGACGCUGCCGACGUUCUGGACGGCCUGCGCCGGCUGCCGCCUCCUCCACGAGUUCGACCGCCAGUACGUCGGCUUCCGCCUCACCUGCCCCUCCUGCCGCCGCAAGUUCCUCGCCUCCGAGGUGCCCCCGCCGCCGCCGCCCAAGGCCGAGGAGCCCGAGAUGACGCUCGCCGAGUUGCAGCUGCAGCUCCAGCUCGGCAAGCGGAAAGCCAGAGAUCAUGAUAAUCACAAGGCGAAAUCAUCCACCGACGACGACGAGGAGGAAGAGAACGUGAAGAUGGAGGUGGAUGAGCUGGACAGUGAUGACUCUGGGCAGAUGGCGGUGGAGGACUCGGACUUCUACAACUUCGACGCCGACCGUGGCGAGCGGUGCUUCAAGAGAGGCCAGGUGUGGGCGUUGUACGGGGACGACGACGGCAUGCCGCGGCACUACGCGCUGGUGGAAACCGUGUCGCCCGGUGGUGGCAGGCACUUCCGUGCUCAGAUACGGUGGCUGGAGCUCCAGCCCAACGGCGAGGAGGGGAAGCCCUGUGGGGACUUCAAGGUUGGCAGAGCCGUCACGGUGCACUCGGUGAACGUCUUCUCACAUCUCGUCGCCUGCGAGAGGGUGGCCAGGGAGGCGUACCGGGUUUACCCCAGGAAAGGAUCAGUCUGGGCGUUCCAUGCCGAUGACAAAGACGGCAGCGACUCCGGGAGGUGCAGGUAUGAAUUCGUGGUGUUCCUCAGUGGUUACAGUGAGCUGUAUGGUGCCAGCUUUGGUUACCUGGAGAAGGUGCAAGGCUUCAGGAGCAUAUUUACCCGCGUAGACAUCGGCAGCCAUGCUGUUCAGAGCCUUCAGAAGGGAGAUGUCGGGGUGCUUUCGCAUCAGAUACCAGCGAGGAAAGUCCCCAAGGGCGACGCCUCGGAGCUGCCUCCUGGGGAUUGCUGGGAGCUCGACCCUGCGUCGUUGCCUUCUGAAUUGCUGCGCAUCGAACUGCAGAAGUGACCGAGUCUGGGAUGAUAAUGUUGACAGGUGUUAUUAGGAGUGCUACUAGUAUAGAUAUAGGGGAAGAUGUGAUGAUGCUUCUGUUCUGCCAGCUCUAGAUGGACAAUUGCUUCAUGCAUAUGGUCCUUCAGUUUAAGAUUUAGAAAUCAUGGAUAAAACUUGUAGGCGUUUCAGUGUUGAGUUCUACUACCCACAACUUUGUGGUGUGAAAUGAAUGACCUUUAUGUAUUGGUUGUGGACACUCUAACAGCUCUGUUCUAUGGAUGAAGUUUAGGACAUUAUUCUGAACUAGCAUGCAAUUUCUUGUCAAAAA